AUGGACCACCAUCCGUACCUAGAAACCCUGCCCGAAGAGCUUCUCGAGCAAAUCUUCCUAAAUUUCGUACCGGAGCUGGACGAGGACUCAGAUUGGGGCGACCUUCAUACUCUUGUGACGUUAUCGUCAACGGCCAAGAAGAUCCACCGCAUCAUCGAGCCGCUGGUCUACGGUAACGUCCCUGCUUACCUGAGAGGGUCUGGUCCAUACGCGGAUAGGCCUGUGAACGCGCCGCGGCUGCACCGAACGCUUUCGAACCGACCCUUCCUUGCAACACAUGUAAAGUCGUUUAGAGCAGUACAUAGCGGGGAUUCCCUUCGGCCUAGCCCUUCCGCAGAGGAUCGCCAUCGUUUCCACGAGGUUCUAAAGUUGAUGCCAUGCCUAGAGCGCCUUGACAUGUUGGAAGGGAUGGCCGAGCAUUCUUUUGACGUCUGGGAGGAUUAUCUUUUCGGAGCGGACAUGGAAACGAAUCACUUAGGCAACCUCCGCCGGCUCGACAUUGCGAUCUACUCUUCCUCCGUCCUGGACCUUCUCCCAAUCUUUCAGCUUCCCAAGCUAGAGACUAUACACGUCGACUUCCGCGGGCAAGCGACGAGGUCGCAGUACUGGAGGUACAACAUAGCCGUGCGGAAUCUCCGCUCCACAGUCAAGAAAUUGAGUGUGCGCAACGUCUUCUCGCCCGACUUGGAUUGGCAGACUUGGCUUCACGUUGUUGUGAGCGCGCGUCUGUGGCUUCUUCUGGGAAGCGUGUCCCUUGCUCGAAUCGUUUAG